UAGCCAUUGUCGUUUAUGUUCGUUCCUUCUUUGUAUUUUUGCUUUCCCAAAACAUAGAAUAUAAAAGGAAAGAUACACCCUUCUUCUUCUUUUCUUUCUAUUGGACCGUUGUCUCUAUAAUCCCCAUUUAUAUCUAUUCUUCCAUUAAACCCUCCCAAGUAAAAUUAGGUGCAUGAGUGCAACAAAGUCAAAUAUCGCCAAAAACCCAUUAAAUAUACAUGGCAUCUCUUUCUAUUCAUUAUUAUAAUCUGUACAUGAAAGAGAUGUCUGCUAUCGUCACCACCAUCAUCAUAAUCGUUUAUCUCUCCUUAGCAGUUGUAAUGGCGACAUGGUCAAUUUCUUACAACAUUUUGCCUUUUCUGCCAACAAGAAACGUGCCUGAAUCAGACCCACAUUCUACCCAAUUCCCAUUUUCUCAAUUUCAAUAUUCCCAUCACUUCCUACACCCUGAAGAGAUUCUGGGUAGUUCAGAAAAUUAUAGUGUUGGGUUAUAAGUGUUGUUUGACAAUUCUGCUGAAUUCGGCUGAGAUGUCCCGGUUGAGAAUUGGGCCAUUUGGAGUCGUUUUGGUUGUGUGGUUGUGUUGGUCUUCACUACUUAUGGGAGCAAACUCUCAGAUUACCCACCCUGAAGAAGGGACUGCACUGCAGGUCAUCAAGAGAAAUUUGAUUGAUCCGAAUAAGAAUCUCAGUAAUUGGAAUCGUGGAGAUCCGUGCACAUCAAACUGGACUGGAGUUUUGUGCUAUAAUACGACCAUGGACGAUGGCUAUCUGCAUGUCAAAGAAUUGCAGCUAUUAAAUAUGAAUUUGUCAGGAAGUUUAUCACCAGCGCUUGGCUACUUAUCAUAUAUGAAAAUACUAGAUUUUAUGUGGAACAAAAUAAGUGGGAGUAUACCGAAGGAGAUCGGCAAUAUUACUUCUUUAGAACUCUUGCUCUUGAACGGAAAUCAAUUAACAGGUUCCUUGCCUGAAGAGAUUGGUUAUCUUCCGAACUUGGACAGAAUACAAAUUGACCAGAACCAAAUAUCCGGACCGAUACCUAAAUCUUUUGCAAACUUGAACAAAACAAAGCACUUCCACAUGAACAACAAUUCAAUUAGCGGGCAAAUCCCCUCUGAGCUGUCUAGACUACCAAAUCUUGUUCACAUGUUGCUUGACAACAACAACUUAUCAGGGUAUCUUCCACCAGAGCUUGCCAAAUUGCCAAAUCUACUGAUACUACAACUUGACAACAACAACUUUGAUGGGACUACAAUACCAGCUUCAUAUGGCAACAUGUCUCAUUUAUUGAAGUUGAGCCUCAGGAACUGUAGCUUACAAGGUCCAAUCCCUGACCUCAGCGGGAUACCAAAUCUUGCUUACAUAGACCUCAGUUCGAACCAGCUUAAUGGAUCAAUACCACCAAAUAGGCUUUUCGAGAAUAUUACAACUAUCUAUUUGUCAAACAACAAUCUUACUGGAACAAUUCCAGUCAACCUUUCAGGCCUUCCUUAUCUUCAGAGAUUGUUACUUGCGAAUAAUUCAUUGAACGGUUCUCUUCCAUCCACUAUUUGGCAAAAUAGGACAUCAAACGGAAAUGAAAGUCUCAUCUUAGAUUUCCGGAACAAUAUGCUGUCAAAUUUUUCAGGCAGUGUUGAUCUCCCUCCUAACGUCACUCUUUGGCUUCAAGGAAAUCCUAUAUGCUUAAAUGCCAACGUGGUCAAGUUCUGUGGAUCUCAGAGUGAUGAUGUCAAUAAUAUCCAGAAGUUAACAAACUCCACUACUGUUUGUCUCAAUCAAUCGUGCCCACCCCCUUAUGAAUACUCCCCGCAAUCUCCUUUAUCAUGCUUCUGUGCUGCACCUCUUCUUGUUGGAUAUCGGUUAAAAAGUCCUGGCUUCUGGGAUUUUCAGCCCUACAUCUAUUCGUUUGAGGACUACCUAACCAAUGGUCUCAAAGUGAACCUAUAUCAGCUUGACAUUGAUACAUUUGUAUGGGAAAAAGGCCCUCGACUGAAGAUGUACCUGAAGAUCUUCCCUGUGUCUGACAACUACUCCCAUGUCUUUAAUAGGAGUGAGGUUCUGAGAAUUCGAAGCAUGUUUACAGGAUGGACGAUUCCUGAUAGUGAUGUUUUUGGACCUUAUGAGCUUCUCAAUUUCACACUAUUGGAUCCUUAUAAAGAUGUGAUUCCCUUGUCUUCAACAUCUGGUAUAAGCGGGGGUGCAAUAGCUGGAAUUGUAAUAGGUGCUAUUGCAGGUGCGGUUACAUGUUCUGCAAUUGUGACGCUCCUUAUAUUGCGAUUACACAAGAGAAAACACCAUACAGCUUCAAAAAAACGUCUAUUGUCUAGGAUCUCCAUGAAGAUUGAUGGUGUGAAAGCCUUUACUUAUGAAGAAAUGGCUCUGGCAACAAACAAUUUCAAUAGCUCCAGUCAAGUUGGAGAAGGAGGGUAUGGAAAGGUUUAUAAGGGUAUCCUAGUGGAUGGCACAGUUGUGGCCAUAAAGCGAGCACAAGAGGGAUCAUUACAGGGUGAAAAGGAGUUUCUCACAGAAAUAGAAAUAUUGUCAAGGUUACAUCAUCGGAACCUAGUGGCUUUGAUUGGAUAUUGUGAUGAAGAAGGUGAACAGAUGUUGGUUUAUGAGUUCAUGUCCAAUGGCACAUUGAGGGAUCAGCUAUCUGGUAAAUCUAAAGAGCCUAUGAAUUUUGCUAUGAGAUUGAGGGUUGCAUUGGCUUCAUCCAAGGGCAUCCUCUACCUGCAUACAGAAGCUGAUCCUCCAAUAUUUCAUCGAGAUAUCAAGGCCAGCAACAUAUUAUUGGACUCUAAAUUUAUAGCAAAGGUUGCUGAUUUUGGACUUUCACGACUUGCCCCAGUUCCGGAUCUUGAAGGGAUUCUGCCUGGUCAUGUAUCUACAGUUGUUAAGGGGACUCCGGGCUACCUUGAUCCAGAGUACUUCCUAACUCAUAAGCUGACUGACAAAAGUGAUGUUUAUAGUCUGGGAGUUGUAUUUCUAGAGCUCUUGACAGGGAUGCCACCGAUCUCACAUGGAAAGAACAUUGUUCGGGAGGUCAACAUUGCGUAUCACUCUGGCAUGAUCUUCUCAGUAAUUGAUGUACAAAUGGGAUCUUAUCCUUCUGAACUUGUGGAGAAGUUCAUAAAGCUGGCCCUCAAGUGUUGCCAAGAUGAGACAGACGCCCGUCCAUCAAUGUCAGAUGUUGUUCGGGAACUUGAAAGCAUGUGGAACAUGAUGCCAGAGUCUGACAGCAGAAUGACAGAAUCCUCAACCAUUGACUCGGGAAAGGUGAUGAAUCCAUCAUCUUCAUCCUCUACGACAAAGAACCCUUAUGUAUCAUCAGAUGUCUCUGGCAGCGACCUCGUCAGUGGAGUCAUUCCUACCAUCACACCUCGAUGAUGACUGUUUUCUCUCCCUUCUUGACUGGGAUUGUAUAACAUCUGUAUAGUUCAUAUCAUUUUCAUUUGAUUUGUCAAAUGACUUGAAUUAAUAGGUUGAGCAGUUCACGGCUUGACAUUUUUGCUGUAACACUAUAUUGUUGUUGGUGGUAACACAUUAAUAUUCUUGUAAAAUUUUCCAUGUAGUCCAUCACUCCACUAGUUAUUGUUUUGCUAGGUUUUGGGAUGUUCAUGCAAAGAUUUUUUUCAACUUUCCUCUGUAGCUGUACUUUAACAGGAAGAUACACUAUUUUUCUUUCCCUUAAUUGCUGAAACUUCCAGCUUCUAUCA